AUGAACAACUCGACAUGUCCAGAGGGGCAACUAGAGCCAGCGUUCUGGGACCGACCCGACCAAUACUACUACUUCCAUGACCUGAACGUUGCGCUUUCGUCCACUGUUCCUGCGCCCACGGCAUUUUCAACUGCUGUCAGCACAUCUGCGCCCGCCAGUGAUACGCCUACAGCCACAGCUUCCGCCAGUUCCGAAGGAGUCUCUGGCGGGGUCAUUGGAGGUGCCGUUGGAGGCUCACUCGCUGGUCUCAUUAUCAUCGCCGCAGUCGUGUUCUUCCUGUUUCGCCGCCGGCGCAACAAGAAAGCCAAUGCCGAAGCAGAGGCAGCCAAUGGCCAGGUGAUACCAAAAGCCGAACUGGCAUCGCCUACAACAACAACUGGUCUCGCUCCGUCAAACGGAUUCUCACAGCUUGAGUCGCCAGAGUACACUCCGAAAGUAGCGCAGGGACAGUCCGCCGAUGAGACGUCGAAGCAGCGCGAAGAUCGCUCGGGUGCCACUAGCGAUGAGAAAGCGGCAGCUGUGAACGCGCAAACGUAA